CCAAUGUCCUAGGGGUCCUCCGCAAGUGACGCUCAGGAGCACCAAUCGACUGUCUCCUUCCCGGCGGCCGAGCCCUCCUCCCGCGGCGGGCCUGGCGGGGCGGGGACGCUGCGCGGCCGCUGCUGAUGCGCUAGCCGUGUGGGGCUCUCCGGGCGGCGACGGCGGCUCUCGUAGGCGGUUCCGGUCCUGUAUCUCGGGGCGGCGGCGGCUCAUGGCGGCGACGGAGCUGAGAGGGGUGGUGGGGCCAGGGCCGGCGGCCAUCGCAGCUCCGGGCGGCGGCGGCACCGGUCCCCCCGUGGUGGGAGGCGGCGGCGGCCGCGGAGACUCGGGGCCAGGCUCCGGGGCCGCGCUGGGCACGGUGGCCGCGGCGGCGGCGGGCGGCCCGGGCCCCGGCGCUGGGGGAGUGGCGGCUGCGGGCCCGACCCCUGCGCCUCCGGCGGGGGGCUCCGGCGGCUCGGGCGCCGGGGGUUCGGGCUCGGCUCGAGAAGGCUGGCUCUUCAAAUGGACCAAUUAUAUCAAAGGCUACCAGCGGCGGUGGUUCGUGCUGAGCAACGGGCUCCUGAGCUACUACAGGUCAAAGGCUGAAAUGAGACACACCUGCCGUGGGACCAUCAACCUCGCCACGGCCAACAUCACCGUGGAGGACUCCUGCAACUUCAUCAUCUCCAACGGCGGCGCUCAGACCUACCAUCUGAAGGCGAGCUCAGAGGUGGAGCGGCAGCGCUGGGUGACGGCCCUGGAACUGGCCAAGGCGAAGGCUGUGAAGAUGCUGGCAGAAUCGGAUGAGUCCGGAGAUGAAGAGGCUGUGUCACAGACUGACAAGACGGAGCUGCAGAAUACCCUGCGGACGCUGUCCAGCAAAGUGGAGGACCUGAGCACGUGCAACGACCUCAUAGCCAAGCACGGCACGGCGCUGCAGCGCUCCCUCAGCGAGCUCGAGUCCCUGCGGCUGCCCGCCGAGAGCAACGAGAAGAUCAAGCAGGUCAACGAGCGGGCCACGCUCUUUAGGAUAACAUCCAAUGCCAUGAUCAAUGCCUGCAGAGAUUUCCUCAUGUUAGCCCAGACCCAUAGUAAAAAGUGGCAGAAGUCCCUUCAGUAUGAAAGAGACCAGCGUAUCCGACUGGAAGAGACCCUGGAACAGCUGGCGAAGCAACACAAUCACCUGGAGAGGGCCUUCCGGGGGGCCACGGUGCUGCCGGCGAACACUCCUGGCAGUGCUGGUUCUGGAAAAGAUCAGUGCUGCUCUGGCAAAGGAGACAUGAGUGACGAGGAUGAUGAGAAUGAGUUUUUUGAUGCUCCUGAGAUCAUCACCAUGCCCGAAAAUUUGGGCCACAAACGUACUGGCAGCAACAUCAGCGGAGCCAGCAGUGACAUCAGCCUGGAUGAACAGUACAAGCAUCAGCUGGAAGAGACCAAGAAGGAGAAGAGAACUAGAAUACCGUACAAGCCGAACUAUAGCCUCAAUUUAUGGAGCAUCAUGAAGAACUGUAUUGGAAAAGAACUCUCGAAGAUCCCCAUGCCGGUGAACUUUAAUGAGCCCUUAUCCAUGCUUCAGCGCCUUACUGAAGAUCUGGAAUACCAUGAGCUGUUAGACCGAGCUGCAAAAUGUGAGAACUCUCUAGAACAGCUCUGUUAUGUUGCAGCUUUCACCGUGUCCUCCUACUCCACUACUGUCUUCCGUACCAGCAAGCCAUUCAACCCACUCCUUGGGGAGACUUUCGAGCUGGACCGAUUAGAGGAGAAUGGGUACCGAUCCCUCUGUGAGCAGGUGAGUCAUCAUCCCCCUGCUGCUGCACACCAUGCCGAGUCCAAAAAUGGCUGGACGCUGCGUCAGGAAAUCAAAAUCACCAGCAAGUUCCGAGGCAAAUACCUCUCCAUCAUGCCCCUCGGUAGCAUCCACUGUAUUUUCCAUGCAACUGGGCACCACUACACUUGGAAGAAGGUUACCACAACGGUGCACAACAUUAUUGUGGGCAAGUUGUGGAUAGAUCAGUCUGGUGAAAUUGAUAUUGUGAAUCACAAGACGGGAGACAAGUGCAAUCUUAAAUUUGUUCCUUAUAGCUACUUCUCUCGUGAUGUAGCAAGAAAGGUAACAGGGGAAGUGACAGAUCCAUCAGGAAAAGUUCACUUUGCCCUUCUGGGGACAUGGGACGAGAAAAUGGAUUGUUUCAAAGUACAACCAGUCGUUGGGGAAAAUGGGGGUGAUGCUCGGCAGAGAGGCCAUGAGGCAGAAGAAAGCAGGGUCAUGCUAUGGAAAAGGAACCCUUUACCGAAGAAUGCGGAAAACAUGUACUACUUCUCAGAGCUUGCUCUGACGCUCAACGCCUGGGAAAGCGGCACCGCCCCCACAGACAGCCGAUUGCGGCCUGACCAGAGACUGAUGGAAAACGGGCGCUGGGAUGAAGCCAAUGCUGAGAAGCAGCGCCUGGAGGAAAAGCAAAGACUUUCCAGAAAGAAGAGAGAAGCAGAAGCUAUGAAAGCCACAGAGGAUGGCACACCCUAUGAUCCCUAUAAGGCGCUGUGGUUUGAGCGGAAGAAGGACCCUGUUACCAAGGAGCUAACCCAUAUUUAUAGGGGAGGAUACUGGGAGUGUAAGGAAAAACAGGACUGGACCUCAUGCCCGGACAUUUUCUGAAGUGGCAGCAACGAGAAGGUGGAGGAUCCAAAGGAGAAGAGGACAGAGGAUGUGCGGGAAAGCUGGCGUUUGGGACUCUGACCGAUCGCCUUCCUCCAGUUUGUCUGUCUUAACCAAUCAUUUUGUCCAAAUCAAUCACCAGAAGCAGACACCAGUGGUGGUGAUUGGCUGGUUGCCUUAGCUGAUUGAAACUGAAAUCGACUUACUAGGUACCUGCGUGUGUGAGGGGGAGGCUGAGUGGCCGGAGUGGGGCGCUGCUCCACUUCCGCGGUCAGGUGUUCCUGGCUCGUCCUCCUCCCUCUGCCCCCACUUUAGGAUGACGUCAUUCACCCUCCCCUGUAGCAUCCUGCUCAGCCAAGGUCUGCGUGAGGUGAUGAUUCGGGGGCAUUUUGGUGCUGUUCAGAGCGAGAGCUGAAUUUAGAAGCUCCUUGAAAGGAGCACGUAAGACUUAACCAACGGAGGCAUCGUGAAUGACCGCGGUGGAGCUUAGGCAUGGCGUCUCGAGAUGGGGUCCCGCACGGGGUCAGUCUCAUGGGGCGUCUGCCCCGAUACAACUGCAGUAUCAGAACAGUUGCAGGGGGACUUGUCUUGUAAGAUUGGAACACUCAGACAUUUCUUGGAAGUUUCUAUCUUCCUUUGUGUAACCUACCCUUCUGCUGUCCUCUAUCUUUGACAGCAACCGAGGCCACUUUGGGGGUUGGUAGGAGGGUUGUAUUAUCCUACAAGGGAAUUUAUGGACUUGCUCACACAGGGAACUUGUGAGAACACAAGGCAGGGUAGAAAAGGCCGCUAGCCACUUUGCUUUCCCAGGUCCUCCUCACCUGCGCUCUUCAUUGCCUUUCUUGCUCCUCCCUCUCUCUUCCCGCCUCUCUCUCUCAGCGCAAUACCGGUUUGGGUCUGUGCCCCCGGGUGGAGCAGAGCAUUACCUAUCCCACUCUGGUAUGAUUCCGAAUUUGAGAGAAGGAGUUAAUUUGAAACAAAAGUUUUCACCAUCUCUCAAGCCCCAUGGACUGGAGCCACCUCUCGAAUAAUGUGUUAAAUAUCUGUAUAUUAUAUAUAUGUAGAGAAAAAUCUAA